AUGCCUCAAUACAAUCCUGACGUUCACCUCAUCCGGAGUAAACCAAGCAACCAAGCAAGACCCUACAGCCUGUCUCUCUCUCCUGAUGACUAUCACUACUCCCCCAAACCCAAGCAUCUACGCACUCCUCGGCUGAUGAAAAUGCUGGGCUCAUCCUUUGACCCCUUCUGGAUGUCUCUUGAGGACCCCCGCAGACGGAACACAAGCCUAGAAGAACUGGGCACCCUGAGUGAGGAUCUGGCAGAACGUACAGCUCGAUUUAAGAAAAAACUCCUGCAGGAAGCUCAAGGACUGGCUCUUCCAGAGCUGCUGACUUCUGAAGAUGGUGUUCCGCACAAUCUGAGCCAAGCUGUCAAACAUCGCCUCCAACAAUGGCUUGUGGAUACUGCUACCUGCCACUUGACCUCUUCCUGGGUGGAUGUGGGACCCGUCUUCUGGCCACGCUGGAUACGCCACACAGACUGUGAACCUACCCAGGCAGGCUGCUCUUGGCCUCCUGGUAUGACUUGCCAACAUGCACAGGUCACCCACAUCAAGCUCCUAGCAUGGCACUGUUGGGCAAGCAAGGAGGAAGCUAUAGGUCCUAGAAAGCCCCUGCAGCAGUGUACCUGGAGGCAGAUCCCUUAUCCUGUGGUGGCUGCAUGCAAGUGUUCCUGCCAGUGA